CGCGGAAACAAGAACGAAAGACUCGACUCGCCAGGUGUCCCAUGUUGUGCCUGAGACGGCAGCCCAAACGACAAAUGCUAUGGACCAAACAGGGCGGUUGUGGCAGCUGCGUAGCGUCUCGCCAGGCAUGGCGCUGCUUUGCUCAUGGCAUUCGUGCCCUCAUGCAUGUUUGGCCUACUAAGGGCGCACAGUGGCAUUGCGUUGUAUCUUGCUUACCUGCUGGCGGGACGAGGACUCGACGUGGUGGAGCACAGGCGGCCAGUGGCUCAACUGCGUUCACAUGCACCACCAUGGCAUGCCUUGUUCGCUGUCAGAAUGUGUGCGAGUGCGCUGUAACACAUCCGCCCAAUCGACGCCGAUGCAGCCGCAGCGGUGCAGCGUGCGACGGAUGCGCAGGCCUCGAGUCGUCCCGCUGCUGCCCGCGUCGAGUCGCCUCGCUGCUUCAGGCCGCCUAGGACAGCAGUGAGUGGCCGCCGGGCUGUCUGGCAACCGGGAUUGGAGCGCAUGGUGGACCCUGGUCUAGAAGUGCAGCCGUGAGGAUCUUUGACAGAGUGUGGGUGGUCCCUGGAACGAGAGGGUGCGAGUUGGCGGUGAGUUAUGCGGAUGCUAUAUCCCGUGGUGUCGCUGCCCCUUUGCUGGCGCACGCCUGCCGCCGCCUGCCUACCCUUUGUCCAAGUUGUCUAACGAGGUUGUUGCUAUUCCUAUCGUGCAUCCUACGUGCGGUUGUGUGCAGACCAGAACUAGGGCCCUGCAGCCUCGCCAACCUCGCAUACCCUCCGG